CUAUAUAUUCUUCAUAAGCUUCUCAUGAUGCAGAGCAAAAAGAAAAAAGAAAGCUUAAUAUUACAGUCAUUCAUAUUAAACAAGUAGAGGAUUGAAUAUGAAGUUUUGACAUGACUGAUGCAUGGUUGUGAGGUGGAGGAGGUUGAUGGAAGAUCACAAGGAAGGGCAUUCAUGGCCUAUUGAUUGAUCAGACAGUUUGAUAUGAAGGGCUACGUGCCUAGUAAUUCUUUGGCAAUUCUGAGGCAGCUUCUCCUCAGACAGUUCCCAAGAUGGUUCGAGCAAGAUCAUGAGUGCCAGUGCAACUCACCUUAAUUUAUGGCCUUGAGGAGCUAAAUCAAACAGGGUGUCUCCUAUCUGCUCAGUGAAGGCCAGGCAGGAACCUGAAUUCGAAGGACGCACGAACUGGUCUGCCCCUUAAAUACAGCAUUCGAGCAGCAGAGGAGCCCUACAGCCACGAGGAAGCUCGAGGUGGAGAUGUUGUGGCAGUUGGUGCAGCAGUAGACAAGAACAGACAGCCCAGCGUUCUAGGAAACAAUUGACUGCACGCAGAAAAGUGGCGAAGCUGUUCUAGACAUUCCCCUUCCAUUUAAUGCAAAAGAUAAACCAAAAACAGGAAGGGAAAAAAAUCACAUUUUUACGAGUAGAGAGACUUGUUUGCGAUCAAACUAUUCUAUUGCGAGUAGAAAAAUUCGAUUUUUUUAAGCUAAUAAUCAUCUCUCGAGGAUCAGACGAGUCUUUGUCAUUUGUGUUCUUCACUGGUUUUUGUUACUCCUGUAAAGGAACAGUGAGAAAAGAACAGCCAACUGACCGCGGGCAGGAUUUUGAGGAUGCAGGAGCAGAGUCAGCCUGGAGACAGGGACUGACGAGGGACGGGCAGCAGAUGCGUAGUUGUCUACUCGUAUUCUACGACUCUCUCUCUCUCUUGGACUCUUCUUACCAGCUUUGUUCUGGUUUUGGGGGAAGCAAAGUGCCUGGGAGGAAGAAGUCGAGGAGAGAGAAAGGCAGGUUUACGAGGGAGGAUAAAGCUCCAUGCUUCCGCUUUUUCUCCUCUUCAAAUUGGACGCUUUGCUGUAGCGGAGUCCGAAAACAAGGCCUAGGCAUUGGGGAGAGGGGAGGAAGGCAGUGCGCGCUCUCCCAUUCGCUCUUCUUCCCUGAAUCUGCGUCCACAAUCACAGCUUUCCCCUUUCUUAGGAUCCGUAGGCUUCGGAUCCCUCUUUCUUUGCGGAAAAACUUCAUCUUCUUCGUCGAAAAAAACCGGCCUUUUGCGCUUCUUCGACAUCGACAUCGGCAUCAGCAGCGGUGUGCAUGAAGGAGGACUUCUGGAACAAUGAGAGAUGACAGCUCGAGGAAAGACAAGAAGUCAUCUUGGUCCAAGACGGUACGAAAAUGGUUCGGCACCAAGAACAAACCUCAGCACUUCCACGCCGAUGAUGAUGCGUUUGGAAGAGAAGACGAUGGGAAAUGGAGUGCCAAUUCAGCAGACAUGGAGAUAAACACAGCGAAGAAAAACAGAAGAGAGAGACAGUUCAAGAGGAACUCAGAUGCUGACACAGCUCAAGUUGCAGAUGUUCAGGAUUACAAAAUUUUUGUAUCGACAUGGAACGUUGGUGGCAAGUCCCCAACAAAGACUCUGAAUCUUGAGGAAUGGAUCCAUACAUCACCACCUGCAGACAUUUAUGUUCUGGGAUUUCAAGAGAUUGUUCCUCUCAAUGCCGGCAACGUUCUCGGUUCAGAAGACAACAUUCCGGCCAAGAAAUGGCUGGCACUCAUUAGAAAGACAUUGAACACUCUUCCAGGCGCAGGUAAUUGCGGCAGCUACCGUUUACCGUCUCCGAUCCCCAAUCCACUGGUUGAGCUAGAUGCUGAUUUUGAGGGAUCCUCUACGAGGCACAUGAAUUCAUCAUUCUUCCAUCAACCGUCGGUCCUCUACACGAGUCGUAGUUUGAGAAUUGGUGAUGAUAUCGCGGUAAUGCAACCAUGGUUGGAUCGAAGGUAUAGUGUUUGUGACCGGAUGAGCAUCGAGAGCAGGCCAAGCAACUUUGAUCCCAAUUUCAGUUAUGGAGGCUCACCCUAUGAUGAGAUUGGCAGGGGAGAAUCACCUUAUGCUGGUCUUUUCUCACCAAUGCCAUUUGCUUAUGGAGCUCCACAGUAUUUGGAAGAAACCGAUACGUCCUCAUCGGUUCACUCGAGUUCUAGAUACUGCUUAGUUGCAAGUAAGCAGAUGGUUGGCAUAUUCUUGACAAUUUGGGUUCGAAGUGAAAUUAGAACCGACAUAACGAACUUGAAGGUCUCUUGUGUCGGAAGGGGACUAAUGGGUUAUCUCGGAAACAAGGGUUCGAUAGCAAUCAGCAUGUGUUUGCAUCGAACGAGCUUUUGCUUCGUCUGUAGUCAUCUAACUUCAGGAGAGAAAGAAGGAGAUGAGUUGCGGAGGAACUCAGAUGUGAUUGAGAUAUUAAGGAAAACAAAGUUUCCUCGAGUGCAGAAAGUGUUUGACGACAAGUCUCCCGAAACAAUUCUUGAUCAUGAUCGCAUUAUAUGGCUCGGCGACUUGAACUACCGUAUUGCACUUUCGUAUCAAUCAGCAAAAGCUCUAGUUGAGAUGCACAACUGGAGAGCAUUGUUGCAAAGGGAUCAGCUUCGAAUAGAGCAACGGUGCGGCCGUGUCUUCCAAGGAUGGAAAGAAGGAAGGAUAUCCUUUCCCCCCACCUACAAAUAUUCAAACAACUCCGACCGAUAUGCCGGUGAAGACAUACACCGUAAAGAGAAGAGGCGAACACCGGCAUGGUGUGAUCGCAUAUUAUGGCAUGGACAAGGCCUUACUCAGCUAGCUUAUUUACACGGCGAGUCGAGAUUUUCCGACCAUAGACCAGUACAUAGCAUUUUCACCGCGGAGGUCGAAACAGUCAACCGCAAUAGAAUCAAAAGCACGAGCUCUAGCUCUCGGGUUGAGGUGGAAGAACUAUUGCCAUACUCUCAUGGUUUCGCGGAAACUUACUAUUAAUUCAUUGGCACAAACCACAAAUCAAGGUCCCAAACCUUUUUCUUCAUCAAAAACAAUCCCUUUAUGCACAAAUCAUAGAAGAAUCACUCGGUAUACUGAUCAAAAACAUCCCUUUAUGCACAAAUUAUACAAGAAUCACUCAAGCAAAGAAAGCAGCAAGGGAUUCAAACCAAAGCAGUAUCAACAACUGAGCUCAUUUCUGCUUGCUGACUGCCAGAAAAGAUGCAAGAGGCCAGUUCCAGGCUUCCACCAUAGAAUUUUGCUGGCCACAAGAUAACCAGAUUUGUUUCUUCUUUUUUUUUCACUGGCAAGUCACUUGGCAGUUCCAUUGAGUUGAUCAAGGAAGAUGCCCCAAUAAAAGCAACCACUGGUGCCUUUCCCAAGAACUGCCAAGUGGUGUGUCAGUAUAGUUUAAGCAUUGAUGUCUGAGAAAGAGUGCAGGAAUAUGUUUUUCAAUAAAGAAUGAGAGGAUUGAGACAAUUCAUUGUAGGCAGAGAGUUCUUUCUGUUGAAUAUGCUGAAGAAAGGUGGUCAGUUCUGAGUAGACUCAUUGCCACUGUCAUAAAGAAUUAGCAGUUGAUGAUUUGGUGGAUAGUGUUCUUGAGCUUUUUCUUGGAAACAAACUGGAAAAGGGAUGAAGAUGGAGAUAGCAGAUCUGGUUGGGGAACUUGCAGACAUGAGCUCAAGGACCCCUAAAAUUAGGCAGAGGGAAUAGGAUAUCUGAAUAUUUAAUGUGAGUGUCAGUCAAAAGGAAUGGAGUAUCAGCCUUUAGAGGGAGGAAUAAAUUUGGUGUUUAAUAAUAAUA